AUGUUACCCUUUGGGUUGCUUUUACUCGCGAGUUUAGUCUGCGCAACGCCGCGGCCUCUGGUUCUUUGGCAUGGACUAGGCGACUCCGCUAACGCGCCGGGAAUGAAGCAGUUUGCUGAAGAAAUCAAACAAGUCCACCAAGGGAUAUUCGUUCAUUCGAUAUACAUCGAAGAGGACCUCGACAAGGACAGACGCGCCGGUUUCUAUGGCAACGUCAACGAGCAAAUUGAAUUGGUUUCUGAACAACUAGCGGCUAUUCCUCAGUUAGAGAGUGGCUUCGACGCCAUCGGGUUCUCGCAAGGUGGACAGUUCUUGCGAGCCUAUGUUGAACGCUUCAACUCGCCACCCGUUCACAACCUGAUCACCUUUGGCUCUCAACACUUUGGGAUCUCCGACAUACCAACCUGCGGUCCUCGUGAUUUCCUGUGUCAAAUCGCCCGACGCGCCGUGAAGAGUGGGGUCUAUAGUUCUUGGGCCCAGUCCAACCUUGUGACGGCACAGUACUUCCGCGACCCUGCAAACCUUGAAGAAUACUAUGCUUCCAACACUUUCUUGACCUCAAUCAACAAUGAAAUCGCUGAGACAAGAAACGAGACGUAUGCUCGAAAUUUCGCCUCUCUCAACAAACUCGUGCUCGUUAUAUUCACUAAAGAUAAGACUGUUGUCCCCAAGGAAAGCUCCUGGUUUGCAUCUGAAGUCGUCGUUGACGACAGCGGGCUCUCGCAACAAGUCUUGUCGGACGAGCGAGCAAUAAUCCCCAUGCGCCAACAGCCAUUAUACGUGGAGGAUUGGAUAGGUUUACGGCAACUGGACGAGCGAGGAGAUGUGAUUUUCGUCGAAUGCGACGGGGAGCAUAUGGAAAUCGGUCCGUGCUGGGAGGAGCUUGUUCGAAAUUAUGCAGGAUAG